AACAACUGGGGUAUCUAUUCAGCCCCUGCGGGGUUAAGAUGCCAAACAUGGUUCUCUCUCCUGGGCAUCGUCAACAACAGAGCACCCUUCUAUGCGAAAGAGUUUUCCUGAGUAUCACGUAUUCGGGCUCUUUACCCUCUGUUAAACCAUCGCGCAACUCCUGCUCAAUUCUGCACUCAUGCCAGAGAUGCAGUGCAUCGAGAGGCGCAGUCGUCCUUGGAUCUGGCCUCCGCGAGGAUCGGUCAACAAUGCAGACACUGGCUGACGAGGCUCUGCCAACUUUUCAGCUGCAAGCCCUCGCGCAACACAACCAAGACGCCACAUCUCGCUUUUGUCCAUUCACUGUGCUCCGCAGACCCCCUCGUUCUCCAUCUGGCUUGUUUCCUUCCAAUCGGAGAUCAAUACUAUGCAUCGUUAUUGCCUCCCAGCCGUUAGCCAUGGCCCAUCUCCAGCUUCGAGGAAACUCGGGGAGGGUGUGACGAAUCUGGUAUGGAAGAUGCAUGUCCAGGGUAACAUGAAGACCGUAUAUAUUGCUCGAAUCAGCGGAGCCGAUCACCAAAGAUGGACCCUCGAUGUCAGUCUUCCAUCUUUUUGGGGUGACCCUUCUCCGUGUAUAUCUCUUCUCCCGCCAGAAGCUCUCAUCUGAGCCUGGAGUACAUAAUUAUAUUUCUCAACAUGAUACCCCUUCGAUUCCUCCUCAGUGCCGCCCCUGUCCUUGCCUCCGCACAUGAUUUCUCCGCACCGCCGGACAGCUCCAGACAGCAAAACCCUUCGCUCGAAACACGCGGGGAAGGAUUCAUCCGCUCCCCGCUUAAUGUGCUGCCCAACCCAGCGCCACCAAAACUGAUCCGAGGCCGACAAAAUGAAGUUGCCAUUGAAAACCAGUUCACCGGAACCCGCUACGGCGUCGACAUAGAGGUCGGGACACCAGGGCAAAAACUGACGCUGGUUCUGGAUACUGGCUCGCCAGACACUUGGGUGAACCCAACAUGUGACACUGCCAAUGUGCCUGACGACUGUCGAUCGUUCCCGGUCUACGACUGGAGCAAGAGCUCAAGUCUGAACGCAACGCGCGUGACCGACAUCCUCGUGUAUGGGAAAGGGAAUGCGACAAUACAAUAUGUUAGAGAGAGUGUCAAACUUGGAGGGGCCACGGUUAGAAACCAGGUCAUCGGCGUAGCCCUCGAGUCCCACGACAUCCCCUUGGGAAUCCUUGGCCUCUCACCCCCUAUUCGAGGAGUCAACGAGUAUCCUUACAUUCUCGACACGAUGAAAGACCAAAAGUUGAUCAACUCGCGAGCCUUCAGCAUGGAUCUUAGAACCGUCGACUCCCCCGAGGGAGCGCUCAUCUUUGGCGGCGUGGACACUGGAAAAUACAUCGGAUCUCUAGCCAAGCUCCCUAUGCUGCCUCAGAACCAAACUCCAAGGGGAGCGGACAGAUACUAUGUCACCAUGAGCGGCGUGGGACUAACAUACCCCGACGGUCUAGUCGAAAGAUCACAAGAGCUUGAAGUUCCUGUUUUCCUCGAUUCGGGCGGAACACUCAGCCGACUUCCCCGACGAAUCUACCAAGCCUUCGCCUCCAGCUUCGCAGACACCCAAUAUGACCCCUCGACCGGUUUCUAUUUCCUCGACUGCAAUGUUGCUGAUCUGGAAGGCUCCAUUGACUUUUACUUUGGGGAUAAAGUGAUCAACGUGCCCUUCAACGAUUUCAUCUGGCACGUUCAGGGGUACUGCGUGCUGGGCGUGCUCCCAGAUGAUGACGGGGAGCCGGUGCUAGGAGACACCUUCCUGCGAGCGGCCUACGUGGUGUUUGAUCAAGACAACAGAAACUUGCACCUGGCUCAGGCGGCGAAUUGUGGAAGCAACAUCAUUGCCAUCAGCACGGGGCCAGAUGCUGUGCCCAGUGCGACAGGCCGGUGCACGGCACCGCCUCCAAGACCGACGUCUGGGAACAAUAAUCUGGAUGUCACUGCUGAACGUGGCCCUACGGCGACCUUCACCGGUGUGGGCCCCACAGGUAUCGAUAUCGGGCCCGGCCCAGUGGCCACAAGGGUGAGCGGGACGGGCCCGCUGGGUAUCAACCCAACCGGACAGUCUAAGGCUUAUUCCCUCAAAAUUGAUGUAUGGAAAGCUGUUGUGGGAGCUUUGGUGGUGGGGUUAAUCAUGUAGUUGCGGGUUAUCGUCGUUGAUAUAGCAGUGUACAUAAGACUUGGCGAGGAGAGAUAGACGGCUGGGUUUGGGUUCCUUUAGAGCAUGCGCGGCGUUCAGGGCUUAGGGGCGAGUUUGUAUUCCAACUUUGAUUUCGAUUGUGCGUCUGCUCGAUUCACUAUUUCAAGGCAGCUAACAGCGAC